CCUGGAGGGCUUCGACGGCGAGGCGUCCAGCACCUCCAUGAUCUCGGGGGCCAGCAGUCCCUACCAGCCCACGACGGAGCCCGUCAGCCAGCGCCGCGGGCUGGGCGGCCUCCGCUGCGACCUGGACUACCUGCGGGGCACCUUCGGCAGGAUCAAGCUGGCCGAGGUGGUUUUGGCACUGAUUGCAUUCAUCUGCAUAGAGACCAUCAUGGAAUGCUCCCCUUGCGAAGGCCUUUAUUUCUUUGAGUUUGUGAGCUGUAGUGCAUUGGUGGUUACUGGAGUUCUGUUGCUUAUGUUCAGUCUAAAUCUUCACACAAGAAUACCACAGAUCAACUGGAAUCUUACUGAUCUGGUCAACACUGGACUCAGCACUUUCUUCUUUUUCAUUGCCUCUGUAGUACUUGCUGCUUUAAACCAUAAAACUGGAGCAGAAAUUGCUGCUGUGAACAGAUGGAUGAGUAAGAUACUGUCUCAAAGCACAAAUCCUACAAGAAACUUGACUCUCCUGAAGUCAGGACAAGGUUCCCGCUGUCUUCGCCUCGCCCUGACGGCCGUGGGCAGGUCCGCAUGGUCUGAAAUGCAGCGCAGUGCCUGAGACCCUGCUGUAAGGCGGCUCGGGAUGCAAACAGAAACUUGUUUUGUGGCAAGAGCACGCCACAGGACUUCUGCUCCAGGGUGCUGGUGGGAUUCCUGCCUGGGUGCAAGGUAAGCUGCUGAAGAGACAAAAGGAUCAGUCUGAGCAUUUCAGCUUUCUAAUUCAGCCUGAUCCGGAGAAGCUGGCAUCUGGGGAAAUAUUAGUUGUCCAUUUUAAAAUCUAGUUAACAGGCCAGUUACUUGCUCAGACAGACCCCUCGGUUAUUGGUAGGAUCACAGCAGUCUCCUGCUGCCUGUUCCUCAGCCCCGAUGGGACAGUAACUGUACUCUGGCCAUCACCACCACUUUGAGUGGUGGGCUGGAGUUCAGCCCGUCCCAGCUCUGCGCUCCCCGCUCUACUUGUCAGCAUCCCGCUGUGCAGGGGAAGCGCAUGUCAAGGCCACGUUAAAAAAAAA